ACGUCACAUAUAUCAGCCAUCAGUCAGCCGUCAUUAACAAAAACAGUAAAGUGCGUCGUUACUUUUUGUGUAAAUAAAGAUAUAUAACUUUUAUUCAUAAAUCACUUUUUAGAGGACAUUUUGUUUAUCUAAAUCAAAGGAUUUAAAAUAUGGCAUCAGACCCGCUAUUUGGAUGGGACUUAACAUUUAAAACAGUUGAAAAGGAUGUAAAACGAAAAUCUGAUAUUAUAGUAGCUUUUAUCCAUUGGAACUUAAUAAAAAGAGGUUUCCGGAAUAUUGGAAUCGGUGAUGAGCGUAAACUGUCUGGUAAUGAGGAGAGAACUGAACUGCUACCUACAGGUUGGAAUGAUAAGGAAAAUUACACAAUGCGGUACAUUUUUGAAGAUAAACUCUAUAUAUUACAUGGACUGAAUACUGAUGGGAACCUAAUUGUGAAUCUGAUGAGGUCAGAAGACUUGGCGGUCUCCAACAUCGCAACAAAUAUAGAAGAAACUGUGCAGGAAACAAGUGGCUCAAUUGACAAAAUGUUGCCAAAUCACAAAGAUCUUAUGCACAAUAUCAAGAGAGAUUUGAUUAAUUCGAUUACUGAUAGUCUCACAAGCUCGGCACAGACCCAAACUAUGGAAAGAGACAAUUCGCGCAUCAAUAACAAUAGGGAUAAUCCAGUUAGAAUUCCGCCACAACCACGACCUCAAGCAGGGCCUGAAAAUUCCAAUUUAUGGGAGCCACCUCCAUCAAACAUAAGAAAUGUUGGGCGUUCUGAUCUUGAUCCAUUUGCACCACCUGGUGGUGGAAUGCUCUUUAAUCCUUUCAGUCCAGGCAGAGACAUAGAAAAUCCAGGACUUGGCAUUCCUGGUGGCCUACCAAGGGGUGCAGUACCUCCUGGAGCUCGUUUUGAUCCAUUUGGACCUCCAGGCUUUGCCCCCAGGCCCGGUCGGCGACAACCACCACCAGAUUCUGAUCACCUUCCACCACCCGGCUUCAAUGACAACAUGUUCCUUUAAUGUCUUUGUAUAAUAUCAUAUAUACAUUCAUUAUUAAAUUUAUAUAUCCUGGA